AACGUAAAUCUAGCCUCACAACAUGUGAAAUGUCUUGAAUAUAAAAACCCGGAGAGCCCUCAAACCUCACCGUCUUAACGGCGCUACCACAAAGUCAACGCGAGUUAAAAUGGAAGACGACGAUGAAAUAAACCCUUUCUCAAACCUCUUAACCGAUGAAGAUAACAAACCAAACGCAUUCUCUACCGUACAAGACGAUUCACCGAAGCAUGAGUUGCUUCAGAAGCAUUUCCUCCCUUCGAUUCAAUCAACGGUUACCAUUCGCCUCCUCCCUUCAGAAGGCCUUUCCUUCCAGCUCUGGCCCGCCGCCACCUCUCUCGUCUCCCUCCUCGACAGCCACCGCAUUAAUCCCACCAACAGCCCUCUCUCCACCGUCUUCACUACACGCAACGCCAACGUCCCUCUGAGGAUUCUCGAACUCGGCUCCGGCACCGGGAUAGUCGGUAUAGUCGCCGCCGCUACUCUCGGAAGCAACGUAACCCUAACGGACCUCCCUCACGUAGUUCCCAAUCUCAAGUUCAACGCGGAAGCGAACGCGGGUGUUGUGGGGUCCAGCGGUGGGAAUGUUACGUUUGCGCCGUUGAGGUGGGGCCAUGCUGAUGACGUGGAGAUGAUUGGGAGAGAGUUUGAUGUUAUCGUAGCUUCGGAUGUAGUGUAUCAUGAUCACCUCUAUGAGCCGUUGAUUGAAACGCUGCGUUUGUUGUUGGUUGGGAAGAAGAUUGUGUUUGUGAUGGCUCAUAUGAAGAGGUGGAAAAAGGAGUGUGUGUUCUUCAAGAAAGCGAGGAAACAUUUUUCCAUUGAUGUUUUGCAUGUUGAUACUCCUUGUAAUGGUUCUAGAGUUGGUGUUGUUGUUUAUCGUUUUGUUGGAAAGGGUUAAUUGACUAGCACGGUUUAAAGUUA